UUUUCACACGGACAUUCUAUAGAAUGGAGUGGGAGCUGAGACCGCGGCUUUGUUUCCUAACGAAAGGGCCGCGCGGGUACGGCUUUCACCUUCACGGCGAGCGGAAUAAAGGCGGACAGUUCAUACGGAAAGUGGAACCCGGUUCGUCCGCGGAGCUUUCGGGGCUGCGCGCGGGGGACCGGGUCGUGGAAGUGAACGGGGAAAAUGUGGAAGACGAGACGCACUAUCAAGUAGUGUAUCGUAUCAGAGCAGUGGAGCAGCGCACCAGGUUGCUGGUCGUCGACAAAGAGACAGAUGAUUACCUGCGUAGUCACGGGCUGGCCUGCACAGAGGACCUCGCCGUUGAGAUGGGCAAUCUCUCUCCCCGGCCCUCCCACUUCACCUCCCCCUCAGCCUCCCCUGGAGCCCAGGGGGAAGUCCUCUCACCCUCACCCAUACACAUCCUCACUAAAGCACUCAAACACACCUCUGCCUCACCCAGAAGGACGGAUACACGAUCGCCGACGUCAAGCCUGAUGAUUGGCACCAAGAAAAGGGGCGCCUGCGAGCUGACUAAGGUCACCAGCUGUGCGGUGUUUCCUCUGACACGUUGGUGCGGCUGGCUUCCGGG